UCCCGCUUACAGACACACACAGAGCACAGAGGUGACGCAUUCAACUGUCAGUUUCUCUCACACACACUCUCUCUCCUCCUUCAAUCGUGUUCAGAACUUCCAAAUUCCAUCAACAAUGGAAGAAGAAGACGGAGAAUCACCGAUGAUAAUGGAUAAAGACACUCAACUCCUCUCAAAAGUUGCUGCAAACCACCUCUUCCUCACGCAAUUCGAGGCAUUCAGAGCUACAAUCCUUAGUCUCCGUCAUCGGAACCCUAAUCUCGCACUCUCUCUCCUCCAAACAAUCGUCGUUAAUGGCGGAAACUUCAACAAUUUCAUAUACUCCACCAAUUGUUCUUCUCCUGCUCUUCUCACUUGGCUUUCUUCUCUCGAGCUUUUCCAAUUCGAGAAUUCUACUUCCAUUUGGUCGAAUUCGAUGUCGAUUGAUUCUCUUCGUCUUCGCGUUGAGUUCUUGCUGUACGUUCAGAUGAUCAGUUCUAGGGUUUCGGAGAGUGUCGUUGAGGAGGAAGUGGUGAGUGAAUUGAAAGGUUCGAUGCGGUUGUUGGAUGGAAUGAUGGAGUUAGGUUUGAGGAGAUUGAAGGAGGAUUUGAUUGUUAAUUUGAGUGAGGAGAGAGAAAUUCGGGAGGAGGAGGCGGCGACAGAGGUUGUGAUUGAGGAGGAGUUGGGGUGUUUGAGGAGGUUGAUUGUGGAAAAUGCGGAUGUUUUGGUGUCUUUGUGUGAGAAUAUACAAGGACAGGUAGGUGUGGAGUUAGAGAAGAUUGAUGAUGAUAAUAAUGAGUUGGCAAUAACUUUGAGGAAGGAAGGGAAUGGGAGGGUGGACUCGAUUUCGAGCGAGGAGGAUGAGAGGGUGUUAAAAUUAAUCCAAAAGUAUGUUCAGAUUGCGCAUUUGGAUGAAAUGAGACAAUGUAUUAGUAAGGAGGAGGAUGUAGAUGUGGCUCUUUCACACAUUCGAUAUUUACGCUUGGGUUAUGGUGUUAGCGAGGAAGAGUACCGAAUGGUUUUUCAAGAUUUGCUCCAAAAGGUUUUGUCAGGAAAAGAGGAAGUAGGAGAUGUUUCACGCAGGACACGAUAUAAAUUGCUGUAUAUCUAUCGAGAAGCUCUGUCAUCAAACUGCACGCAUCUUGUUCAAAUGCUCCAGGCUGCUCAAGAUCAGCUUCUACUGGAAGAGAUAAAAUUGCUCAGAGCUUCUGACUGCCCGAUCUUGCCUCCUCUAAAGCAACUUCAGAAUUGUAUGCAAAAGAAGAAGCUUGGGAAUUACGAUGAUGGCAAUUCUUUAUCUUUCAAUCUGGAGAUAACUGCUUGCAUGCGAGAUUUAUACCAUUAUGCUCGUGUUGCUGGAUUGCAUGUUUUGGAGUGUAUUAUGGAAACGGUUCUUUUGGCUGUCAAGAAUGAGCAGCUGGAAGAAGCAAGCUGUGUUGUGUCAUUGUUUCCGCGGCUUCAACCUCUAGUUGGUGUCAUGGGAUGGGAUUUAUUGCCCAGCAAAACUGGUGCUCGACGAAAAUUAAUGCAACUACUUUGGACAGGCCGGUCAAAAAUUUGCCAGCUUGAUGAAUCCUUUCUAUAUGAAACUGAAUCAGAUGAGAGAUCUUGCGUGGAGUUUCUUUGCGAGACCUUGUGUUAUCGGCUUGACCUAGCUUCUUUUGUUGCGUGUGUGAACUCGGGUCAAUCGUGGGACAUUACAUCAUCUUUGUUCUUUUCUGGUACUGGACAAGUAGAGUUCGAAAAUGGGAAUGCUUAUUUAGAUCCUUUUGUGGAGAACUUUGUUCUGGAAAGGCUAUCUUCUCAGAGUCCUCUACGGGUGUUAUUUGAUGUUGUUCCGACUAUUAAAUUUGAAGAUGCUUUUAAAUUGAUCAGCAUGCAGCCGACAGAUUCUACUGCAGCAGAAUGGAAAAGGAUGCAUGAUGUUGAACUGAUUCACAUGCGCUAUGCCCUUGACUAUGCCGUCAUGGCAAUGGGAGCUAUGGAAAAGAGUAUUUCUGAUGAUCAGAUAUGCUAUCCUCAGUUGUCAUUAAAAUUUUUGAGAGAAUUGAGGCAUCAUCUUGAGGCUGUCAAUAGUGUGGCACGGAAGAUAUUCAUGGUGAACAUUAUUAUUUCACUCCUACAUCUUGACAGCAUCUCAGUUGAUUUUGAACAUUGUGGCUUAGCAGGGAGUAACUAUGAGCUAUCUCAGACUGGCAUGCAGCAGUGUGAUGAUGUCGAUUUUGAUGAAAUGGGAAACCACAUGGCUGUUUCCAUUGUAGAAUUCCUGCUGGAUACUUUGCGUCAUAAUUUGCCGACAGAGCUGACCUUGGAGGUUACUGACUCUAGUGGUGAAAGAGAAGCCUUAGAGUGGAGAAUCUCGAAUGCUAAAAGUUUUAUUGAAGAUUGGCAGUGGCGUCUGUCAGUUUUGCAGCAACUAUUACCCCUUCCUGAGCUGAAAUGGAGAUGGAAGGAGGCAUUGACUAUACUACGUGCAGCACCAUCGAAAUUACUCAACCUAUGCAUGCAAAAGGCAAAGUAUGACAUAGGGGAAGAGGCGGUACAUAGAUUUUCCCUGUCAUAUGAAGAUAGAGCUACACUUACAUUAGCUGAAUGGGUGGAUGAUACUUUCAAAAGAGCAUCUGUCGAGGAUGCAGUCUCUCGUGCUACAGAUGAAACAACAACUCUGCAAGAGAUUGAUUUUUCAUCUUUACGAUCUCAAAUUGGUCCUAUCGCUGCAAUUCUUCUCUGUAUUGAUGUUGCUGCUGCUUCAGCAAGGUCUAUAAACAUAUCUGAGCGGCUUCUAGAUCAGGCUCAAACCAUGUUGUCAGAAAUAUAUCCAGGAGGGUCUCCAAAGACCGGAUCUACUUAUUGGGAUCAGAUUUGUGAAGUUGCAUUGAUUUCUGUAGCAAGACAUCUUCUCAAGCGUCUACGAGAAUGUUUGGAGCUGGAAAAUCCGGCUGUCCUUCAGGCUACCUUGUCAGGGGAUACCAACACUACUACUUAUCAACAAGGGAAUAGAGAUCGUGCUCUUGCAUUGCUACAUCAGAUUAUCGAAGAUGCUCAUAUGGGAAAGCGGCAGUUUCUGAGUGGCAAACUUCAUAAUCUUGCAAGAGCGGUAGCUGAUGAAGAAGCAGGGAUAGAUAUUGUCAAAGUUGAAGGCAGGGAGCCAAAAUUUCUUUUAGAUUCUGACAAGAAUAGUUUUGUUGGUCUUGGGCUUAGAACUGCUAAACGGGCAUCCUUCAGUUCAGCUACUGGGGAAAGCAUUGCAGAACCUUCAGCUUAUGGCAUAAAGGAUGUUGAGAAGCGGCUGUUUAAUCCAUUAAGUGCAAAACAAUCAACAUAUCUCUCGCAAUUUAUUCUUCAUAUUGCUGCAAUUGGUGAUAUCGUUGAUGGCACUGAUACAACUCAUGACUUUAACUACUUCUCCCUCAUAUAUGAAUGGCCUAAGGAUCUGGUAACUCGCUUAGUUUUUGAACGAGGCAGCACCGAGGCAGCCGAAAAGGUCGCAGAUAUCAUGUCUGCUGAUUUUGUUCAUGAAGUGAUAUCAGCUUGUGUACCUCCUGUUUAUCCUUCACGGUUCGGCCAUGGUUGGGCUUGUAUUCCAUUGGUUGUGUCCAGUGCUAAGAGUAACCAUCCAAGUCAUGUCAGCAGUUCCUUGGCUUCAGCUGGAAUUGCUCAAUACCAUCUUCAGUUGGACAUAAUAAAGCAUUUGGUCAAAAUUUCACCAGUUAGGGCUGUACUAGCAUGUGUCUUUGGAAGCAAUAUACUAUACAGUAGUAACGACUCAUCCAUUCUCAAAUCCUUGAAUAAAGAAGUGCUGCAUUCACCAGAUGAUGACAGGAUGUUCUAUGAAUUUGCUCUUGAUCAGUCAGAGAGAUAUCCAACUCUGAAUCGAUGGAUACAGAUGCAGACUAACCUUCAUAGAGUUUCUGAGUUUGCUGUAACAUCCAAGGAUAUGGAUGAUGCUGGUGGUACACAAAACAUCAGGAAGUCUUCUGUGAAACGACCUCGAGAGCAUGACACCGACACUGAGUCAGAAUUUGAUGAUAGUAUCGGAAAUAAUGCUCUACCAUCUGCUACAGAAAUUGUUCAAGCUACAGCUGACCGUGAUACAUUGCAGGAUUCCAUGAAGUAUCAAGCUGCUGAAGACGAUGCAACUACUUUUCAAACUUUUAACUGGGAAAAUGAAGAACCGUAUGAAAGGGCUGUUAAACGAUUGAUUGACGAGGGGAAUUUGACGGAUGCGCUUGCUCUAUCUGAUCGUUUUUUGCGAGGUGGGGCAUCAGAUCAGUUGCUUAGACUUCUCAUUGAAUGUGAAGAAAAUCGUCGAAACUCUGGAGUUUUGCAACAUCUCGGAAACAGGAUGCUAAGUAACAGUUGGCAGUAUUGUCUGAGAUUGAAGGACAAACAACUAGCAGCACAGCUAGCCCUAAGGUGUCUGCAUAGAUGGGAACUAGAUUCUGCUUUGGAUGUACUUACUAUGUGUAGCUGCCAUCUGUCUCAGAAUGAGCCUAUUAAGAAUGAGAUUCUUCACCGAAAACAAGCGUUACAAAAGUACAAGCACAUAUUAUCUGCCGAUGACCAGUACAGAAGUUGGCAGGAGGUGGAAGCAGCAUGUAAGGAUGAUCCUGAGGGCCUGGCACUUAAAUUAGCUGAGAAGGGCGCUGUUUCUGCUGCUUUGGAGGUGGCUGAAAGUGCAGGGUUGUCCAUUGAUCUUCGGAGAGAAUUGCAAGGCAGACAACUUGUCAAACUUCUUACAGCAGACCCAUUGAGUGGAGGGGGGCCAGCUGAAGCUUCACGUUUUCUUUCAACUUUGCGCGACUCAAAUGAUGCUUUACCUGUUGCAAUGGGAGCAAUGCAGCUUUUACCUAACCUGAGAUCAAAGCAACUUCUUGUUCACUUUUUUCUGAAGAGGAAAGAUAGUAAUCUAUCUGAUGCUGAGGUUUCUAGGCUGAACUCAUGGGCGUUGGGUCUUCGUGUGCUUUCUGUCUUGCCGUUGCCGUGGCAGCAAAGAUGCUCUUCUCUGCAUGAGCAUCCUCAGCUGAUCAUGGAGGUUCUGUUGAUGAGAAAACAACUACAAUCCGCUUCUCUGAUCCUGAAGGAGUUUCCUUCUCUAAGGGACAACGAUGUAAUCCUCAAAUAUGGUACCAAGGCUAUCGCUGUCAGUAUCAGCUCCCCACCCAGAGAAACUCGAAUAUCUGUAUCUGGUCCUAAACUUAAGCAGAAAACAAGAACCGUAACUCCCACAAAACCAUCUUUGACUAGUAGUUUUAGUAACUUGCAAAAGGAGGCUCGGCGAGCAUUUUCUUGGACUCCGCGUGGUGCUGCAGAUAAAGUCCCUCCUAAGGAGCCAUACCGGAAAAGGAAAAGCUCUGUUUUAACACCAUCAGAGAAAGUUGCUUGGGAAGCAAUGACAGGAAUACAAGAGGAUCAUGCUUCCUCGUUAUCUACAGAAGGACAAGAUCGUCUUCCUUCUGUAUCAAUUGCUGAAGAAUGGAUGCUGACAGGAGACCCAAUCAAAGAUGAUGCCUUUCGCUCUUCUCACCGAUAUGACAGUGCUCCAGACAUCAUCUUGUUUAAGGCACUUUUAUCCCUGUGUUCUGAUGAAUCAGUUUCCGCCAAAGGUGCCAUAGAUUUGUGUGUCAAGCAAAUGAAAUGCAUUUUAAGUUCUCAACAGCUUCCCGAGAAUGCUUCUGUUGAAAUCAUUGGGCGAGCAUACCAUGCAACAGAAACUUUUGUGGAGGGACUACUCUAUGCUAGAUCUCUGCUUAAGAAACUUGUUGGGGGUAGUGACUUACCUGGUAGUAUUGAAAGAAGCAAGGAUGCAGAUGAUGGAUCUUCUGAAGCUGGAAGCUCUGGUGUUGGCAAUCAAAUUACUAAUGAAUUAUCUGAGCUCUUGUCAGAAGCUGAUUUCUGGCUUCGACGAGCAGAAUUACUUCAGAGCCUUCUCGGAUCAGGAAUCUCUGUUUCUCUUGAUGAUAUUGCUGAUCAGGAGUCAUCGGCAUGUCUUCGUGACAGAUUAAUAAGUGAGGAACGUUACAGUAUGGCUGUCUACACCUGCAAAAAGUGCAAGAUCGAUCUUUUUCCUGUGUGGAUCGCCUGGGGACAUGCUUUACUUCGGAUGGAGCACUACUCACAGGCUCGUGUAAAAUUUAUACAAGCUCUCCAGCUACGCAAGAAUGAUCCUGAAUUCCAUGUUGCAUCCAUUAUUUUGGAGAUUAUAGAUACUAUUGAAGGCGGUCCACCGGUUGACGUGUCUGCAGUUCGUUCCAUGUAUGAGCAUCUGGCCAAAAGUGCACCAACAAUUCUAGAUGAUUCCCUAUCUGCAGAUUCCUAUCUUAAUGUCCUGCACAUGCCAUCUACUUUUCCUCGUUCAGAGAGGUCAAGGGGGUCUCAAGAGCCUGCAAAUAGUAGCUCAAUGAGCAGCACAGAUUUUGAUGAUGGGCCACGCAGCAAUCUGGACAAUAUUCGCUACCUUGAAUGUGUCAACUACCUUCAGGAUUAUGCACGACAGGAAUUACUAGAUUUUAUGUUCAGGCAUGGACACUAUAAUGAUGCCUGCUUGUUGUUCUUCUCGCCUGAUGGUGUUCCUCCACCUCCUCAACCAUCAUCUGUCGGGACAGUCACUUCAUCUUCGUCUCCACAAAGACCAGAUCCAUUGGUUACUGAUUAUGGGACCAUUGAUAGUUUAUGCGAGUUAUGUAUAGGUUAUGGUGCAAUGUCAGUGUUGGAGGAAGUGAUUUUUGUGAGAAUUUCAUCUUCAGCAUCCCUAGAUGAUGCUGUGAACAAGUAUACAGAAGCGGCAUUGACUAAAAUCUGCAACUACUGCGAGACUCAUAAACAUUUUAAUUACCUCUACAAGUUUCUGGUGAUUAAAAGAGACCAUGUUGCUGCUGGUCUUUGUUGUAUCCAGUUAUUUAUGAAUUCUUUGUCACAAGAAGAUGCAGUGAAGCAUUUGGAAAAUGCCAAGGUGCAUUUUGAGGAUGGAUUAGCAGCCCGUCAAAAAGCUGGUGAGACAACUAAACUUGUUGCCAAAGUUACUCGAAGUAAGAGUGCUUCAGAGAAACUUACCGAGGAGGGACUUAACAAACUUUCAGCUAGGGCUACUAUUCAGGUUGAUGUUGUGAAAUGCCUCAAUGACGCAGAAGGUCCACAGUGGAAGAAUUCGGUAUUUGGAAAUCCAAAUGAUCCUGAAACAUUCAGGAGGAGGUGUCAAAUUGCUGAAACUCUUGCCGAGAAAAACUUUGACUUAGCUUUUCAAGUAGUCUGUCAAUUUAAUCUUUCUGCUGUGGAUAUAUAUGCGGCUGUGGCUGCGUCUCUUGCUGAAAGGAAAAAGGGCAACCAGUUGAAUGAAUUCUUAAGGAACAUCAAGGGGACAAUUUAUGAUGAUGAUUGGGAUGAGGUUGUGGGAGCUGCUAUAAGUGUAUACGCUAACAAACACAAGGAGCGCCCAGAUCGUCUCAUAGACAUGUUGAUUAGUACCCACAGGAAGGUGUUGGCCUGUGUUGUUUGUGGUCGUCUCAAAAGUGCUUUCCAGAUUGCCUCUAGAAGUGGCAGUGUGGCUGAUGUUCAAUACGUAGCACAUCAGGCUCUACAUGCAAAUGCACUCCCAGUUCUUGACAUGUGCAAACAGUGGUUAGCUCAAUAUAUGUAAUCUUUUUGUUGGGGUCAUUACACUGGACUGAGAUGACAGCACUUGGCUUAAAGUUAUAUAUUCAUUUCGCGCUUCCAAUUACGCCCAUGAGAGAACACGGUGAUGUCAGGCAUCGUAUUCUUGAUGAGAACGAAAUUGAUGCCUCUAAUACAGAUGAUGUGUUUCAUCUACAAUACAACACUUCAACAGACAAAUUGCAGUUCUGACUUGGCAUGUCUUUCAGCAGUAGCAGGGUUCACCUCGUACCAAACAAUAACAAUCUACUGCGGAUUGAGAUUGAUAGAGCAUACAAGCAACAAGUUUUACCUCUACUUGGUAAAAAAAUAAAUAGGAAUACAGUUUUAAAGCACUGGUUUUCUUGCAACCUGAUCUAAAUCUUUUGAAGAGUAUCAGAUGUACAUUUUGGAGCAUAGUAUACGCCAAUUUUUGUAUAAAAUGUUUUGAGCUUGUACAUACCCGGCAUUGGCAAUGAUAUACUCCGCUAUUCUGUAGCUGUUGAGGCUUAUGUUGUUAGACUAGGCCGAAGGGUGGGGGAAGGGGAACAGAAGUUGUAUAUACAUAAUGAGCUAGUUUGGCGUUGUAACAACAGAGUUUUGACCAUCCCUUGUUUACAUUUGUGCUAGGGUACAAGCGCUUGUAUACUCUUAAAAACAAUGAUGCGUACCAAAUGAGAUGAUAAUGUAAUAUGGUGUUACACUCUAAUAUCUUUUUUCCAAGUAUAUUGGUUGACAGUAUAA